GGAUUAGAAAGCGAAGGCUCGAGUUUGAGGACUGAAGCGGCAGCAAACGGGCCGAUAAGUGACACUGAUAGAGGCUCUGAUGGCGGUGAACAGUUUAGACGACCAACGAGGGAGGAAACGUCUCCUCGACCAUCAGCUGCAGACACACUGACAUGGGGUCUGCUGAACUUCUGGUUUUUGGGCCGAGCUGCUGCCGACGUCGUACCAAAGGUCUGUUUUGGAGAAAGGACAGACGAGAGAAUGAUUAACGAGGAGGAUGUGUGUCACUGUCAGAGAUGUCAGAGUGUGCAGGAUAACAGGUGAAGGUCUGGACGAUCCGUUCAAACAGAAACAGCAGAAGACUAAGAGCACAAACAGCAGCUUUAUUUUUCUAACUGGAUCAAACACAUCACUGGACUCCACUCGGACUGUAUUUCUUCUCCAUUUGUUCUGACAGUAUGUUUUGGCUCCAGCCUGCAGAACAAUAAUUUAAAAAGUAGCUGCGACUAUGUCAAGGUCUGAGGGAGCAGCGAGAGUCUGAAACAGAAACGUUUUCUACUUUUGGAGGAGGCAGGAGCAGCAGGUUGAGCAGAAAUACCAGAGGUGGAUACAGUCCGUACGGGCUGUGCUGUAUCUUCAUCCUCCUCCUCCUCCUCCUCUGCUCCAGCUGCAACUUCAGCUCCUGCAGCAAAACAUUAGAAUCAAACCGUCGACUGGUCCGGCUCCUGGCACUUCUGUAACCUGCAGCACUCUCAGUUGUGGUCAUGGCAUCGGCAGCUCUGGAGCUGAUGGGCUUCUUCCUGGGCCUGCUGGGGAUGUUGGGAACACUGGUCGCCACCGUGCUGCCCUACUGGCAGAUUUCUGCUCACAUCGGCUCCAACAUCGUCACGGCUGUGGCCAACAUGAGGGGCCUGUGGAUGGAGUGCGUCUACCAGAGCACCGGGGCCUUCCAGUGUGAGACCUACAACUCCAUGCUGGCGCUGCCCGCCGACCUGCAGGCCUCCCGAGCCCUCAUGGUCAUCUCCCUGGUGCUGUCUAUCCUCGCCAUCGCCCUGUCCGCCCUGGGGAUGCAGUGCACUCUCUGCCUGGAGGGCUCGGGCACCGUUAAGAGUCGCGUUGCGGGGGCCGGUGGGGGCUUGUUCGUCGCCGCCGGCUUCCUGGCUCUCAUACCUGUGGCGUGGACCACUCACGAGGUGGUCCAGACCUUCUACCGGCCGAACGUUCCCGCCAGCAUGAAGUUCGAGCUGGGGGAGUGUUUGUACGUCGGUCUGGCCUCCGCACUGGUCACCAUGCUGGGAGGAGGGAUGCUGUGUGUUUCCUGCUGCGAUGAGCAGGACGGAGGCCGCGGGAGGCGUCAUGGCGGCGGAUAUCCGUAUCCGGUAGGAGGCGGCAUCUCCGGCACAGGAGUACGAACCACAUCACAGACCUACCGCAACCCCACCAUGCAGGUCGGGGGCACCAGCACCGGCGGCAGGGGGCAAACGCUGAUCCGCAGUACCAGCGGAAGCUCUGGGACGAGUACGCACGGAGUCCAGGCCACUAAGAAACCGACGGCAGCAGGAUAUGACAUCACAGGAUAUGUGUGAGGUCACUGUCACUCCAUCACACCUUUAAACAUGGCUCCCUCACCACUUAAAUCCAAUUUAAAGUGUUCUCACGGUGUAGUUAACACAUACACUUGUUGUCAGUGUGUGCUGGUCAUUGUUAAAAGCUUUUUACGGUGAAAUUGUGGCACUGAAGCAUCAGAAAUGAUAACGACCACAACACAAUUACACAAUGAAAAACUAUUAUCUAUCUGUGCAUGUUCUGAAAGUUUUAUAUUUUUCAAAAGUAUAGGAUGUCACACGUUCCCCUGAUAGCGACUCAUGCAGAAAAGUCACAACUGCUAAAAAACAGACUGAAACACUUUUAUUGUCUUGUUUGCUAUUUUCAGUCCCCAAAAAAGACACCAAAAAUAUGAGACUGUACAUUAAAACUGUAUGAAAUCAUAAUGUAAAUGUAAUACAGGUUGUAAAUCCAUUCGUUUAUAUUCUAGGAUUGAUUGGAUGCAUCAGCAAAUUUGAGAAAUGCUUGACUAGAUAAGAAAUGUUCUGAUGCCGAUCAAGUGAGAGAAAGUGAACGUUUGCUCUUUGCUGCGUUGUUAAAAAAUAAAAUGAAAGCUAAAGUGGACCCUGACACAUCUAACCUAAAUCUUCUACAAUACCUCUCACUGUACUGUAUCAUACCGAUGUUUUAUUGAAGCCUGUUGAAUGAUUUAGUGUGACCAAAAAUCAAAACGUUUUCCUGAUGGUAAUUCAGACUCAUUUCCAAAGUCUUACUGUGCCUUAAUGAGUGUGUUUGCAGUUGUACAUCAUCAUCUAUAUGCAGUUCCGUGUGGCAACCUGAUUCACACAAAGCACCAAAACUGGAUGGAGUUUAUUUUUUAUUUGGAAAUAAAUGCAAACUUUUUCUACA